CACUCCUCCCAUCUGAGUCCGUGAACAAAGAAGAAAGGAACACAAGAAUGGCAAAACUCCUCAGCCUACUAAUGUUUAUACUUUUCAUCUUCUUCUUCACCCCUACUCUCUCUUGUCCUCCUGAAUGUCAAAAACAAGCCCUUCUUCAGUUUACAGCCUCUCUCGCCAAUCUUACUGAUGAUCAGUUAAAAUUAUAUAAUUCCAGCUCAGAUGGUUGUUCGUUCCCCUUUGUCAAGUGUAGUUCGAGCAAUGUGGUUGAAAUAGUUCUGGGGGACCUCAACCCUUUGCGGACACCAUGGCGAGUGUGGACUUCCACCAUCUUGACACCGCUAUUUCACAUUCGAACCUUGACAUCCCUUGACUUGUCCUCCAAUGGAAUACAAGGAGAAUUGCCACGCGACGGCUUUGCCAAUCUAAGCAAAUUAGUUCAUCUUGAUUUGAGUGGCAAUAACUUCAAUGGCUCCCUUCCUUCUCAACUUUUUCAAUUGAGGUCUCUUCAAUUUCUUGAUAUGGCUCACAACUCAUUCCAUGGAAAUAUCCCCCCGGAGAUAGAGAAUAUGACAAAGUUGAGCUACUUGUCUUUUAGCGACAACAAUUUCUUUGGUGAAAUUCCAACCUCGAUCGUGAGUUUGAAGGAAUUGAGAGCAUUGGACUUAAGCUCCAAUUCAUUGUCAUUGGAAAUUCCAAUUGAUUUUGGCAAUCUAUCUAACAUAGCCUAUUUGGACUUGAGCUGCAACAGUCUCACAGGUACAAUCCCAUCAUCCAUACAGAAUUUGAAAAAAUUGGAUACACUUAAAUUUAUAGACAACUUGCUCAGAGGAGAAUUCCCAUCCUGGUUGUUCGAUAUGAAGAACUUGACGAGACUUCUUAUCGGUGGCAAUAAUCUCAUUUGGAAUAACAGUGCAAAGACAGUGCCAAAGUUUACGCUAUCCGAGUUGUCUCUGAAGUCCAGUGGUCUUGCAGGAAAAAUUCCUGAUUGGAUUUCUACACAGAAGACUCUUGUACAUUUGGACUUGAGUGAGAAUCAGCUGGAAGGAAUGUUCCCACAAUGGCUUGCUGAAAUGAAAGUUGAAUAUAUAAAUCUGUCAGACAAUCGAGUUACAGGUUCUCUCCCAACUCAACUUUUUGGCCCUAAUCUACAAGUUCUUUCCUUGUCUCGGAACAAUUUUUAUGGAAAACUGCCAAGCAACAUUAGUAAUGCCAUUGGACUCAUGGCUCUUAUGUUGGAUGGCAACAAUUUUUCAGGGAAGCUUCCUAAAUUCAUCUCCAACGUUAAUCUUUGUUUAUUGGACUUGUCGAACAACAAAUUCUCUAGCAACACUCUACCAGAUUUUAGCUCCAAUGUCAAUCUUCGAAUCAUUGAUUUAUCUUCAAAUGAAUUCUCAGGUGAAAUUUCAACAGACUUUUCCCAAACAACUUCAUUUCUCUCAUUGGGAAAAAAUAAGUUUAGUAGCUUCCCUAGAAAUCUUACUCAUAUGAGCAACCUUCAAUACCUAGGCAUCCAUGACAACAAAAUCACAGGUGAAUUGUCAAAUUCUAUCUGUCAAAUAUCCACCCUUCAAAUCCUAAUUUUACGAAACAAUUCCCUUCAAGGCUCAAUCCCUGAUUGUAUUUUCAAUCUUCCUAGCCUCCAAAUUCUUGAUCUGUCGACCAACCAUCUUGUUGGAAAAAUCCCUACAAAUCUUGGAAAUCUUACUGGUAUGAUUGAAACGCCUGGAGAAAUCUUUUCUAGGUUUGGAAAUAUGGAAACCGCCAAUUUUGGAAGUCUGGAAACCCGAAUUCUUUUUAUGCUUGGAAAUUGGAACAAGCCAAAACGUGUUAUGUCAUUCAAGACUAAUGAUCUAAUUGUGAAUUGGAAGAAGUCAAUACAAGGUUUGUCAUUUGACAACCUCAAGGACUAUUCCUUAUUAGACUUGUCAAUGAACCAACUUUCUAGUGAAAUUCCAGCUUCAUUAGGAAGUCUGAAGGCUCUAAAAAUUUUCAACAUCUCACAUAACAACCUUUUUGGGAGAAUAUCAGCAAAUCUUGGUGAUUUAGAGAAUCUAGAGAGUUUGGACUUGUCACACAAUAAUCUAUCGGGCUCUAUUCCACAAUCCAUAGCAAGGCUGCUACAGUUGACUAUUUUUGAUGUGAGUAACAACAAACUCAAAGGCAAGAUUCCAGAAGGUAGCCAAAUAGAUACAAUGAAUGAUCCAAACAGUUAUGUCAACAACAGUGGGUUGUGUGGAAUGCAAAUUCAAGUGCCAUGCUCAGAACAUCAUUCGCCAACAAAACCACCAGAGCUUAAGAGUGAGGAAACAUGGUUCUCAUGGGCAGGAGUGGGGAUUGGAUAUGCGGUUGGCUUCUUUGUAGCAGUGGAAAUCUCAUAUCUAAGUAAUCCCUGCAAAACCUUCAAUUAUUGCAAUCAACAAAGAAGGCGAAGUGUAUAAAUUUCAGGUUUCCUACAAGUUAUGCAAGUAGUCUUCUACAAACAUUGUUCAGAAAAAGGUGUUUUGUUGUUUGUGGGAGAUCCCGUUACCGUUUUAGAUUGUUUGGUUAUUGUUUUUGUUGUAGUAUAGUAGCCAGUGAGGUCUGUCUCUUAUUGUCUUAGUGUUUCUGCUUUUUUUUUUUUUUUUU